AUGACUGCGCAAGACAAGUUCAAGAUCAUUUACAAAACUAUACAAGGGAGUGGCAUUGAUGCUACUGUUUUCAUACCUCUAAAUUCCAAGUCGUCAUGCCCUGUCAUAAUCAAUAUCCAUGGAGGAGCAUUCAUGCUCGGCGCAUCUGAGAUGGUCAAUCAGGACCAAAUUCAAGACUGUCUGGACCGGGGCUGGAUCGUAGUCGUUCCUAACCAUCGGCUUUGUCCACAGGUAGACUUAUUCAACGGUCCAAUGCAAGAUUGUAGAGAUCUUCUCGCAUGGAUAUACAAUGGUGAACUGGAACGAUCCAUCCACCAGAAUUCGCAUCCACAUAUUAUCUGCGACCUUGAACACGUUUUUGCUUUUGGAACAUCGUCUGGAGGCCAUCUAUCCUUGUGUCUGGGCUUUGGAGUGUCCCGUCCAGUUGCUGGGAUCCUUGACUUCUACGGGCCUUGCCGCUUUGAUGAUCCUUUCUGGACAACCGGACUUCCACAUAUAGCUGCAAAGCUGCCCGCGAACUUGAGCCAGGAAUUUAUCAAUCACGUCUUUGCAGAGACACCGGUACCUAUACGAGGCGGAGUCUCUCUUGAAGGUCAAGCAGGACCAGCAGGUCCCAAUUUCAAGGAUCCUCGACAAGCCUUUGCCUUUACACAGAUAGCAAAUGGAAGGGUUAUGGAUACAUGUUUUCCCUCUCGAGACUGGAAAAUGGUCGAUCCAAUUCUCAACAUCAGUCCUCAGUUUCCCCCAACGUUUAUCGUUCAUGGGCUAGCAGACACAAUGGUCCCUAUUUCUUUGAGUAGGGCUUUGCGAAAGGAAAUGGACAAGCAUGGCGUGCAAUGCCAAAUGGUAGAGAUUCCAGAUGAAGAGCAUACUUUCGCUGCCAAGAUGAAAGCCGGUUCGCAAACCUGGGACCUACAAAGACAAGGCUUUGACUUCCUUGAGAGCUUAAUAAUAAAGUAG